UCCGUCACCCAAAGCCCGCGAAACGCGUCUUCGUGAGUAGCGCCUAGGUCGUGCGGUGAAUGAAAGGCUGAGACGGGCUUGUCGACGACGACGGAAGUCGAGAGUCCGCGGCUGCAUCGACGACGGAAGAAGUUGUCAGAGAGAGAGCCGUGACCGACGGCGGCUAACGGAGUUCACAGAAGUUGACGGGUUGACGGAUCUGGACGGAUGCUGACUGACGUUGACGGAUGUUGACGGACGUCGACGGAAUUUGACGGACGUGAGGCGGCGAGGAUGCGCGUGAAGACGCUGCAGGUGCUGUGGCACGGCAGGGAGCCCGUGCUGUCCGCUGACUUCCACCCGUCGGGCGUGCUCGCGACUGGCGGCGCGGACAAGGAAAUCAAGCUAUGGCGGGUGGCGGCAGACGCCACAGGGGAGCCAGCAGUGGAGUUCGUGGCGGCCCUGGCGCACCACAACUACGCCGUCAACGCCCUCCGCUUCUCGCCCUCUGGAGACGUCCUCGCCUCGGGAGCAGACGGAGGGGAGAUAGUGCUGUGGAGGCAAAUACAGACUCCCAGCGGUGCCAUGUGGAAGGCCUUCAGGGCUCUCAGUCGCCAUGAGAAGGAUGUGUUGGAUCUGUCCUGGGCUCCGGACGGCCACUCACUAGCGUCGGGUUCAGUGGACAACUCUGCCAUCAUAUGGAACCUCGCCAGAGGUGUGCCUGAGGCGUUUCUCAAGGACCACGUGCACUACGUGCAGGGCGUGGCGUGGGACCCCCUUUCGCGCUUCCUCGUCACCUGCAGCGGCGACCGCACCUGCCGCGUCUACUCCCUCCCCUCGCCCCCUCCCACUACCGCUGCCACUGACGCUGCCGCUGCUACUGGUGGUUCCGGUGCUGCAGGGGCUGGGGGCGGAGGAGCAAAGGGGGGAGGAGGGGGAGGGAAGCAGCAGAAGUCUGCAGGUGUUGUGCGGUGUGUGCAUGUGAUUCAGAAAAGGGAUGCCCCUGCUGCUGCUGCGGCUGCUGCUGUAGGGGGGGAUGAAGUGGGUGCGACAGAGGCAGUGGGAGGAGGAAGAGGAGGGGGAGCAGGAGGUGCAGGGGGAGGGGAGGGUGUAGUUCAAGAGAGAGGGGCGGAAGCAGUGGGCGCAGCAAUGGAGGUGGAGAAAAGGGGGGAAGGAGGAGAGGGGGGCGAGGUGGAGAAUGGAGCCAAGCUAGAAGGCCCAAGUAAGGCGGUGCGCGUGCAUCUGUUCCACGAUGAGAACAUGCCCUCCUUCUUCCGCCGCCUCGCCUGGUCCCCGGAUGGAGCUAUGCUGGUCAUCCCUGCGGGUGUAUGGAAGGCGUCCCUGUCCGCGCCUCCCACCAACACCUGCUUCGUCUUCUCUCGGUCCGACCUCUCCAAGCCCAUGAUGCAUCUGCCGUCGCUCAACAAGCCGCUAGUGGCCGUCCGCUUCUGCCCCGUCUUGUUCCACCCCUCCUCGCCUGCUCACUCGCCCACAAUCGCCUUGCCUGCCCACGAGGCCCCGGCAUCCAAUGGUGCAGCCACUGGUGCUGGUGCUGCUGAUGACGAUGUGCAGCAAGCUGUUCAACAGCAGCAGCCCCAGCAGCAGCAGGACACCCCACCCACCUCCGCCUCCUUCUCCCUGCCGGUGGCCCUGCCGUACCGCAUGGUGUUUGCAGUGGCGUCCACCAACUCCGUGUGCCUCUACGACACUGCCACGCCGCGCCCCCUAGCUGUGCUGGGCGGGCUGCACUACGCUGCCAUCACCGACCUCGCAUGGGCGCCUGACGGGCGGUGUCUGGUGGUGGCAUCGCAGGACGGCUACUGCACGCUCGUCACCUUCACUGCCACCGACCUCGGCACUCCCCUUAUGCCCUCUGACCUGCCUGCCCACCUGCGGGACUCCCUCCACGCCCUGCACCCGCUCAAGCUAAUACCGCCACCUCCACCACCGUCUGCCGCUACUGCUCACGCGCCACCACCGUCUGCCGCUACUGCUGCUCCUGCUGCUGCUGUUGCUCCUGCUGCUGCUGCUGCUCCUGCCGCUACUGCUGCUCCUGCUGCUGCUGCUGCUGCUGCUCCUGCCCCUGCUGCUGCUCCUGCUCCUGUUUCUGCUGCUGUUGCUGCGGCUCCUGCUCCUGCUUCUGCUGCUCCUGCUGCUCCUGCUGCUGUUGUCCCUGCUCCUUCUCUUGUUGCCCUUGCUCCUGCUGCUACCCCUGCUCCUGCUCGUGUUGCCCCUGGCGCUGCUGCUGCAGCUGAUGCUGAUGCGACUACUCCUGCUCCGCCUUCUGCUGCCGCUGCCAUUGCUGCUGAUGCUGCUGCUGCUCCUCCGGCUGCAACCCCCUCUGCUCCUACUGAUAUUCCUAUUACUGCUGCUGCGCCUCCUGUUGCUCCUGCUGCUACUCCUCCUGCUUCUGCUGCUCCGUGUGGUCUUCCUGCUCCACUUGCUGCAGGCCCCACAGCACUGCUGGACUCGGCACAUGUCCCACAGGUGACAGAUGCCACACCAUCUGCUCCCUCUCCUCACCCUUCUGCUGCUGCUUCCACUAGCGAUGCUGAUGCUGCCCCUCUUGCGGAUGCCCCUCCUGCGGAUGCUGCCCCUCCUGCCGAUGCCCCUCCUGCCGAUGUUGCCCCUCCUACGGAUGCUGCCCCUCCUGCCGAUGCUGCCCCUCCUGCUGAUGCUGCCCCUCCUGCUGAUGCUGCCCCUCCUGCGGGUGCAGUAGCCACUGGUUCUGAUGUCACUGUCACUGCCACUGCCACUGCUACUGCUGCUGCUGGUGGUGCUACUGCUGCUGCUGCUGCUGGUGGUUUUACUGUUGCUGAUUCUGCUGCUGGUGCUACUGCUGCUGAUGCUGCUGCUGGUGCUACUGCUGCUGCUGCUGCUGGUGGUUCUACUGUUGCUGAUGCUGCUGCUGGUGCUACUGCUGCUGAUGCUGCUGCUGGUGCUACUGCUGCUGCUGCUGCUGGUGGUUCUACUGUUGCUGAUGCUGCUGCUGGUGCUACUGCUGCUGAUGCUGCUGCUGGUUCUAUUGCUGCUGAUGCUGCUGCUCAUCUCUCCCCACAUGCACACGCCAGCCCUCCAAACCUGGAUACUGAAGCAACAGCAGCAGCAGCAGCGGCAUCAGCACCACCAAAUAUUCCAGAAGCUGCUACCUCUGUAUGUGCACGCGAGGAGAGUGGUGCAUGUGCGGGUGAAAAAGUUGGUGAUGCAGUGAGGACGAGUGGAUGUGCUGCAGGGGAAAGAGGGAGUGAUGAAGGCAUGUGUGCACCAGACACUGCCAGGAACAUUAUUACAGACGAUAGCGUACAGAACCCUGGUAGGCAGAGCGCUGAUAACGAUUCAGCUAAUAAGGAAGACUGCAGGCAAGCAGGGGAGAACGGAAGCACGGAAUCGCUAGGUACUGCCGCUGCUGCAGAAGCAGACGAGCAGGUGCAGCAGCAGCAGCAAGUGGAGAGCAAGGGGGGAGCAGAGGGAGAGGGGUCACAGCAGCAGGGUGUGAAGAGGCCACACGAAGAAGAGAGUGGGGAGGAAACCAGGAAGGCAGUCAGAGGGUGAGGGAGUGCAGGUAGAUGAAGGGCGUCGGAUGGGACGGGACGGGAUGGGAUGGGAUGGGGGAUGGGUUAGGAACAGGGAGCAUGGCGGGGCUUGGGUCGGUGAGGCAUCGGGGUGCAGCAGUGCAUCGCCGUAACCUUGUACGCCAUGGGCGCACACAUGCUUUUCCCGGUACCUUUCUCAAGGCCCUACCUACGUCAAGCCGAACUUAUUUCCGAAUAAGCUUCUUCUGUGUUGAAGUGGCCCUCGUACCGGUGUUAGCCGCCGUCAUCCUCCCAGGGCUACCGCAUCGUGCAAAAUAUGAGCAUUGAUUUGUUGCAAUUCUCUUGCCCUGUAUUGGGGCAGGGCCCAAAAUUGGUUUUGGGCCGCCCUUUGAAACCAGGGUCGCCCCACCGAAACACCCUGUCACACAGGGUACCUAACUCAGGGUAGUCUGAUUUUUCAGGGUAAACUUUUUGCAACACUGUUUACACAGGGAAUAUUUAAAACCACCCUGUUCUUUAUUGCCACUGCAUUGCAAUUUAAAGC